CAGGAGAAGAGCUUCUCCUGUCCUGAGUGUGGGAAAGGAUUCCAAUUUAAAUCUUGGCUUAAUGAGCAUAAAAUAUCUCACACAGGUGAGAAGCAACAUUCCUGCCCUGAGUGCGAUCAGAGAUCUCACACGGGGGAAAAGCCGUAUUCCUGCCUUGAGUGCGGGAAAUGUUUUUCAAAUGUAUCCAAUCUUUACAAACAUCAGAGAUCUCACACGGGGGAGAAGCCAUUUUCCUGUCCUGAGUGCGGGAAAUGUUUUGCACAAAAAGUAACACUUGCCAUGCAUCAGAAGUAUCACACGGGGGAGAAGCCAUAUUCCUGUCCUGAGUGUGGUAAAUGUUUUUCAGAGAAGUCUAAUCUUUCCAAACAUCAGAGAUUGCACACAGGUGUGAAGCCAUAUUCCUGUCCUGAGUGCGGGAAAUUUUUCUCAGAGAGAUCCAGUUUUAACAGACAUCAGAGAUUGCACACGGGUGAGAAGCCAUAUUCCUGUCCUGAGUGCGGGAAAUGUUUUCUUCAUAAAUUUGCACUGGGUGCACAUCAGAGGUCUCACACGGGGGAGAAGCCGUAUUCCUGUCCUGAGUGCGGGAAAUGUUUUUCAAAGAAGGCCCAUCUUUACAGACAUCAGAGACUGCACACGGGGGAGAAGUCACAUUCUUGUUCUGAGUGA